GCGGCCCCGACUGUCAGCGCCGCCCGAGCCGGGCUCCGAGCGGGCUCCGAGCGGGCUCCGCGCCUCAGCACGCACGGCUAAGCCCUGCGCUGCCAUGGAGCCGCAGGCACGCGGCCUGUUGGAAACUCAGUCAUUCCAUGAAGCAGAUGAAGAUGUGGUCACUGAUGUUGAUUUCACCACUAUGAUUUCUGAAGAAGAAAAAGAAGAGUUAAAGACUGAGCUAGCCAAGCUAGAGGAUGAAAUUUCAACUUUGCGGCAAGUGCUAGCAGCCAAAGAGAAGCACCUGGUUGAAAUUAAACAAAAACUUGGCAUAAGUCUGAUGAAUGAACUGAAGCAGAACUUUAGCAAAAGCUGGCAUGAUAUGCAGACAACUUCUGCUUACAAGAAAACACAUGAGACCCUGAGCCAUGCGGGACAAAAAGCAACAGCAGCUAUCAGCAAUGUAGGAACUGCAAUCAGCAAGAAGUUUGGAGAUAUGAGAUCGCAUUCAAUUGGCUAUUCUAUUCGCCAUUCCAUAAGCAUGCCUGCAAUGAGGAAUUCUCCAACUUUCAAAUCCUUUGAGGAGAAGGUUGAAACCACUGUCACAAGCCUUAAGACCAAGGUUGGUGGGACAAGCCACACGGGAGGCAGUUUUGAAGAAGUUCUCAGCUCUACAGCCCACGCUAGUGCUCAGAGCUCCCUUGCUGGCACCAGGCUCCCUGAAAGUGAAGAAGAGCUUCAGUGCUAAACAGCACGCCCUCCUGAGCCCCACAUGCCUCUCUUCAGAGACUUGCCCAGACAAUGAUUUUCAGCUCUCCCUCACCACACAACGUGCGCAACAAGGUUUUGUCAGCUUUGGAAAAUUGCCAUCCUGGCCUUGUGUUGGAGAAAUGUUUCCUCUCCCUAUUUCUAUUUUAGAUGGGCCAUUUUAUCACCAGGUACUUUGUACAUCAUCAAAACCACAUGCAAGUCAUUGGCUGUAACGCACUAAAUUCUGUGUUAAGUGGCUAAAUAGUUUUCAGUUACAUGUAACUUCCCUCUAACAAUCUCCCAGUCUCUGUUUCUUAUUUAUUUUGGUUUACCUUUUUUCUAUCUGUUGGUUUCUGGCUUCCCUCUCAGUGCCACAUCAGACAGAUGGACCUAGAGCUGUGCAAAGCAUUCAGCUGCCAGCAGUAGCCCAUACACCAGCUGUCUACCGUCCAUACCAGGUGCCCUUUGCUCAGAAGUGUCUGUACAUCAUCUAUUUCCUAACAGAAUUAAAAUCACUUACUGUCACAAAAAGCUGUUUCUCCUUCAGUGGUACAGUCUGGCAUUGCCCUACGCCCGUUAGGCAGCAGAGUUAAGGAGAGCAGGAAGAGACACGUGGUUAUUCAUACAGAAACAACCUAUCACAGCUGCUGAUUUCAGAUUGUCAUUUUGGCUGGAAAGGUUUCAGUUUCAAAAUGUGCAUCAUUGCUUGCUCUCUUUGGUUUUGUAAGACUUGGCAGUGAACUUAAUUAGAAAAUAAAGUGGAGUGAAGGGAA